AUGGCCUUCGCCGGCCAAACACCAACCAUUGUCGUGCUGAAGGAGGGCACCGACGCUUCCCAGGGCAAGGGCCAGAUUAUCUCCAACAUCAACGCCUGUGUCGCUGUUCAGUCAACCGUUAAGAGCACUCUCGGCCCCUACGGUGGUGAUCUGCUGCUUGUUGAUGCCAAUGGCAAGCAGACUAUCACUAACGAUGGAGCCACCGUGAUGAAGCUUCUCGAUAUUGUUCACCCCGCCGCUCGUAUCCUUACAGACAUCGCCCGCUCCCAAGAUGCCGAAGUCGGUGACGGAACAACCUCAGUCGUCGUUCUUGCUGGUGAGAUUCUCAAGGAGGUCCGAGACCUUGUCGAGCAGGGUGUUAGCUCGCAGACCAUCAUUAAGGGAUUGCGGAGAGCCAGCGCCAUGGCGGUCAAUAAGGUUAAGGAGAUUUCGGUCAACGUACUCAAUGAGGCCGACACGGAGGAGAAGAAGAUCGAGACCCUUCGACGGCUAGCUGGCACAGCCAUGAACAGCAAGCUUAUCAAGCGGAAUUCUGAUUUCUUCACAAAGAUGGUUGUUGAUGCCGUGCUCUCGCUUGACCAAGACGAUCUCAAUGAAAAGUUGAUUGGCGUGAAGAAGGUAACCGGUGGUGGACUCCAGGACUCCCUCUUCGUCAACGGUGUCGCUUUCAAGAAGACCUUCUCCUACGCGGGAUUCGAACAGCAGCCUAAGUCCUUCAAGAACCCUAAGAUUGUGUGUUUGAAUGUCGAGCUGGAGCUCAAGAGCGAAAAGGAUAAUGCGGAGGUCCGUGUCGAACAGGUCUCCGAGUACCAAGCUAUCGUGGAUGCAGAAUGGCAGAUCAUCUUCAACAAGCUGGAGGCUAUCUACAAGACCGGCGCCAAGGUGGUUCUCAGCAAGCUGCCCAUUGGUGAUCUUGCUACGCAGUACUUCGCGGACCGUGACAUCUUCUGUGCUGGUCGUGUCGCAUCCGAUGACAUGGACCGAGUCUGCCAGGCCACCGGAGCCGCGACACAGUCGACCUGCAGCGACAUUCAGGAACGUCACCUGGGAACCUGCGGAUCUUUCGAAGAGCGCCAGAUUGGCGGAGAGCGCUUCAACUUAUUCUCCGAGUGCCCUGCGGCCAAGACCUGCACCCUCGUGCUGCGUGGUGGUGCGGAGCAGUUCAUCGCCGAAGUGGAGCGCAGUCUGCACGAUGCUAUUAUGAUUGUUAAGCGUGCUCUGCGCAACACCACCAUUGUAGCCGGUGGAGGUGCUACUGAAAUGGAGCUGUCCGGUCACUUGCACGGCUACGCGGACCGCAAUGUCCCGCACAAGCAACAGGCUGUGGUCAAGGCGUUUGCCAAGGCCCUGGAGGUCAUCCCCCGCCAGCUGUGCGACAACGCCGGCUUCGACGCUACAGACAUCCUGAACCGCUUGCGUGUUGAGCACCGCAAGAACAAUGUUUGGGCCGGUGUGGACUUUGACAACGAGGGCAUCCGGGACAACAUGCUUGCUUUCGUAUGGGAGCCCACUUUGGUCAAGGUGAACGCCAUCCAAGCCGCGGUGGAGGCUGCCUGCCUUAUCCUUAGUGUUGACGAGACAAUCAAGAACGAAGAGUCCGCCCAGCCUGGUGGUCCCCCACGCGGUCUCCCUCCCGGUGCUGCACAGCGUGCCCUCCGGGGCCGUGGGCGCGGAAUGCCCCGCCGUGGAUGA